AUGCAAGAAUCAUCAAUUCCAGAAGAUCAGCCUGAAAAAGAAAAUAUCAUAUCAACAAAAUGUCGAUUUCUUCUUUGGAGUUGUGUUUUGACUCCAAUAUCUAUUAUUAUUGGUACUGUUGUAGUAAUUAUAUUGAUUCGUUAUCAAUCAUCAUUUUCAUCUAUCAAUAUAAAAUAUGACACUGUAACAACAUCAAUUCUAAGAAAUAUUUUAACCACAAAUUCUCCAUACAUUCCAUGUAAUCCAUUAAGAUUUGCAAAUUAUGCAAGUUAUUCAACUGGAAAUUAUCCUUGGUCAUUAAGCACUGGUUAUUUAGAUGCAGAUUCUUUUCUUGAUAUUGUUGUUGUUAAUAGAAAUGAUGCAACUAUUAGGAUAUUCUAUGGUCCCAGAAAUGGAAGAUUUCAAACACAAAAAACAUAUCCGACGACUUUGGGUGGUACUUAUGUUGCUAUUAGAGAUAUGAAUAACGAUAAUAAACCAGAUAUUAUUUUAGCUUAUUCUUUAUCAAAUCGAAUUGCCAUUUUAAUCAAUAAUGGCAACCGAAAUUUUAAUUCACCAAUAACUUAUCCAGUUGGAUUUUAUCCAUAUUGGAUUGUUAUUUCAGAUUUUAAUAAAAACAAUUUAUUAGAUAUUGUUGUUGUCAAUGAUCAUGAGUCUUCUGUUACUAUUUUAUAUGAUUAUUAUAAUUUAUCGUUCAAUUAUUCUGCAACAUAUAUAGUUGGAAAUGAUGUUGUAGGUGUAUCUGUUGCUGAUUUUAAUAAUGAUUCGUAUCCUGAUUUUGUUACUACUGAUUUUAGUGAUAAUACAAUUAGUAUUUAUAUGAAUUCUAAAAAUGGAAUGUUUAAAAAUAGAAAAACAUAUUUCACAGGUAUUAAACCAUGGGGUAUAGCUACUGCUGAUUUAAAUAAUGAUAAUUUUAUAGAUAUUGUUAAUACUAAUGACGAUACGGGCACAUUAAGUGUUUUAUUUAAUGAUGGAUAUGGAAAUUUCAAUAGACGAGAUACAUAUUAUAUUGGUGGAGAUGUAAGAUCAGUUGCAUUAGCUGAUUUAAAUAAUGAUACAUUCAUUGAUAUUAUUGCUGCAAAUUAUGAUGAUGCAUAUAUUUAUAUUUUUUUGAAUAAGCAAAAUGGAAUAUUUCAAACAUAUCAAAGAUUAACUACUGAGGGGUAUCCUUUAACUGUUACAACUGGAGAUUUUAAUGGAGAUGGAAAAAUAGAUAUUGCUGCUGUUACUUAUGAAAAUACUUUGAAUGUUUUUUUAAAUCAAUGUUAA